UUACCUUCGGGGGUCGAGCUCGAGUUCAUUGCUUUUGUUCCAAAAAAGACCAUGCUGCAGUACGGUUCUGAACAGCAAUAUCUCCACAGCUACCUCAUGAACAAUCAAGUCAAGGUUGCCUGCAACCAGGUUGGUUGCAAGGAAAAGGAGCACAUGUUCUACUUGCCGCUAGGCGAUGUUGACGACAACAAUUAUGACCGUUGGCAGCUUACCACCGACUCGACUGUCACCCCACGAUGUGGCGACAUCACGAGCGAACUCGCUGGCUGGGAGUUCGCGGGUCUGGAGUUGGUAUCUCGAGUGCAAAAGUUCGAGGGGACCUCGCGCUGCCCGACUGGACAAAAGUAUCCUUGUAAUGGAAAACCUUUGAGUUGGACAUGGCGUGACGAGUUCAAGGCUUUCCUCGAGCUGAUUCGCAAGGCUUUCAGUGAAGCUGGAUUCUAUGCUUUCGUCAACAAGACCACAGGCUUGCACGUUCAUCUUGGUCACGGCGACAAAGGUCUUCCAGUCGAAGUCGUCAAAGGUCUUCUGGGUACCAUGACAGCUCUCGAGCGUUCAUUCGAUCAGAUUCAUACUGCUGGUCGCAUCAGUGGACCAGUCAAUAUGCGUGUCCCGGGACCGUGGAGUCUGAAACCGUUCAUUCCUCUUCCUGGCAUCGAUAUUGAGGGUUUUCACAGCUUGUACAAGCCUGGUUUGGUCGAAGGACAGGACUUUUACAACCAGUGGUGCCCAGCCAUGUCGAGUACCAUGUUUCAGUCCGUACAUAGUCAGAUUUACCAUACGGCAACACAGACCGAACCCGAGCAAGCUUUGACUACUACUCCGACCGACGCAUCAGCUGCCGCCGCCUCUGUCUCGAUUUCUGCCGAGACUGCCAAGUACAUCGAGCGAUAUCUUUCCAGCUUCAACGUUCCUAGCUGGUUGAACACGAUCAAAGAGGCCUCCAGCGUCCAGCAGCUCAAGACUAUGUUCACUGCUGAUAAAUACACUGCUCUGAGCUUGAGAGGCUUGGGCGAAGACAAUGACCAUAGAAUUCCCACAGCUGAAGUUCGCACUCACGCCGGAAGUAUUGAUCUUGCUGAGAUUAGUGCUUGGGUCGACCUCUUGACCGGUAUCUCACAUUGGGCGGAGACCACACCGCAAGAGAAGGUGUUCUCUUACCUCGAGGAGUCGUGGAGAGAUGUCGACUAUAACAUCUGUCGCCUUGCUCGUGAGGUGGGUGCCAGUGAUUCCACUAUCGCUCAUUAUGACGACGUCUUGAGCGACCGUUACGCCCAACUGCGUUUUGACAAGUAUACGUCUUCCUCUUUAAGAUUCACUGACAAGUUGGGAAACCUUAACCGCAUUACCGAAGAGCAGCGCCGCAAGGACUUGUCUCGCGAGAGUGUUGAAGAGAAGAUUCGCUUGAAGCUUGAGUCCGGUCGGUACGGACAGUUGCCCACCAGUUUCCUCGAAGCUCAACCUGAGCCUGAAAUCUUCUCCAGACCAGAGGCCAAGUUCCUGCACCUCGGUGAGGAGGGCCAAAAGGCUUGGAGUGAGUACCUGAAGGACUACUACCGUGCUGAGCGCAAGCUUGAUCUGACUUCUAAGGACUCCGUUGACGACUCUGACACUGCUCCUGCUGACGGCAUCAAGGAAGACGGGGCUUCGGACUCUGAGUCUGUAGCUGCAGGUGCAGAAGCCGAGGAGAACCAGUCCAGUUCGGAUGAAAAGUCCGUCGACUCCGAUGACUCU